AUGAGGAGCUCCCCAAACGACAAGUCACCGAUAGAAAAUCUGUGCGUUUACUGUAGCAGCAGUCAGACUUUUUCGUAUCUGAGAAAAUGGGACGCGGAGAAAAGCUCGAGGGAGUUUUCAUCAAAUGAGUACCAAAGGAUUGUUUUGAAAAAAGCUGUAAAAUACAAAUGGAUAAAAAAUUUGUCUUGUUCUGAGUGUCACCUGAAUGUGAUGGAGUGCCUACAGAAGGAUGAACGUGUAGAGGAGGUAAGAAGAACAUGUAGGAGGAGAGAUGAAGACACGGGAGGUGGUUCUCCCGUGAUGGCUAGCACCAUCGGGGGAGAGUUCCCCACUGUAAAUAGGCGUUUCCUCAAAAAUGGAAUGCGCAUGGGGGAGGCAAUAUCCUUGGAGAGAAGGAACAGGCGGGGGUUUAAGCCGAGAGCCUUUGUAGACAGGGGUGCCCCAGCGGGAGAGGCGGGAGAAGCGGGCGAAGCGGUUAACGCGGGUAAAGCGGGCGAAGCGGUUAAAUCGGGUAAAGCGGGCGAAGCGGUUAAAUCGGGUAAAGCGGAUAAAGCGGAGGAGUACCUGUUCAACGCCGUCGCCAGGGCGAAGCACUACCGAAGAGUGUCCAAAGCAUGGCUACGGAGGUUCCUCCGAAAGAGCGGCCCAAUGUACAAGCAUCAAGCCAAACAGUUAAUAAAUUUUCUCGCAAUAAAAAAUUUUCAAAUUUUCGAUGUAGAAUUAUGGAACUCCUUUUCCAAAAAAAAUGUGAUAAAUCAUAUGAACAAUAAUUUGUACUUUGUCCUUGGCAAAGAAGGGAGCGAGAAGGAAAAAUUUUUAGACGAUCUGUUUCUGUCCUUUCCUUUUAUGUAUGCAAGUGAUCGGGUGUACGUUGUCGAUAUGGAUAAGUAUGGGCGGUGCCCAAUCGUGAGUGACUACAGGCCGUACGUGAACAAAAUAAUUUACCCCAAUCUGAGCGAAAUUACACAGAAGGAAGAAGCAGUGAGGGGACUGACGCAGAGGAGGGGGUACCUUCAAAACAUAGACCCGUGUAAUGAAAACCUCGAGUAUAUUUUGCUAGCCAUCACCCGAAUAGCUCUCGUGAAACAGUUCGUUUGGAAAAAGCAGUUGCUCAGGCGGGUGCCUAUCUUGGUACAGUCCAGUCCACUGGGGAAGAAGCGGCUUGCACGGAGGGGAGAAGCACCAGGGAAAGAAGCACCAGGGAAAGAAGCACCAAGGACAGAAGCACCAAGGAAAGAGGCACCAAGGAAAGAGGCACCAAGGAAAGAGGCACCAAGGAAAGAGGCACCAAGGAAGUAUCCCCGAAUGGCUAAAGCGCAAGUGGGUAAACGAACCACUGGACUGAACCUUUUCAACGGGGGUCUCUCCUUCCUGUUAAUAAAAAACUUGGACAAACUGAACGAUCUGCAGAUGCCCCUGCUCAGAAAAAGUUGCAUCGUUCAGGUGCUUCUCAAAUAUGUGUACCUGUGGAAGGAGCUGAAUUUAAAUGUGCACGCGUUUGUUUUAGCUCCGGAGGGGUGGGGACCCACAGGAGAGGCAGCAGAGGGGGGAGUACCGAUGGGAGGAGGAGGAGGAGGUCCCCAUGGCGUGAACCCCCUUAGUGAGUUCCUAUCCAACUGCGCGACGUUUGAGUUCCCCACCUUCGAGCUGCCCCCCUUCCUGCGCGAGGCGCAGAGACGCCAGUACUUGGCGCACCUGUUUAAAGAGAAAGGGGUGAAGUGCUCCCAAGGGGACCUCCAACAAGUAGCGGAAAUAACCACCAGCUUUAGCAAAGCGGAUUUGGAGAAGCUGUGCAGAGAUGAGUGUCGAGAGAGGUUUAUUGAUGCGGUGCGGCGGGGAGAAGUGGUGCGCAGUGCGUCCGUGGGGAGAGGCGAGCUGCCCAACAUGGGCGAGCUGCCCAACAUGGGCGGACUGCUCGAUUGGGGAGGACUGCUCAACAUGGGAGGACUGCUCGAUUGGGGAGGACAGCCCAACCCGCUGGAACACUCCAAAGUGCUGUGUGCCCAGGGCGGGGCACCCCCUGAGAGUAACUUCUUCCACAAAACGUUGAAUUUGCAGAGCGAAUCGCACGCGGUCAUCCGCACGCACGAGAUUGAGUUAUACAAAGGGGAGAAGCGUAGCCACCCGAAAAAAGGCCCCCCCCUUGACAGUAUCUCCCUCCCGAACGACGACCCCCACAGUGGAGAGGCUCACGGAUUGGACAGCGUCAUAGGAGAGGAGGAGUUGGUAGGGAAGCUACGGGAAGAGGUGGUACGUUGCUUCACCUCCACCUGUGAGAAGGAUCUCCCUUGUAAGAGACAUGGUUCAGAACCCCCCACGGGGAUAUUACUUUAUGGGAAGAGUGGGUCGGGUAAAACCUUUUUAGCACAAAAAAUUAUCGACGAAUGCAACUGCACCUCCCUUGUGAUAAACUGCUCUCAUGUAUUCAACAAAGUAAUGGGAGAAUCAGAAAAAUUUUUAAAUGAUGUUUUUGUUUAUGCAGGAGGUAGGGUAGGACCAUGUGUUAUUUUAUUUGAUGGGAUCGAAAAUAUUUGUUACAACACUAAGGGGGGUUCAUCUCAUGUCAUGAGUAAAUUUACGGAGAGGUUAAAGCUGUGUUUUUACCAGCAUUUGGAUAGAAUUAACUUCCAGUAUAAGUGGGGGUUGGACAGAAGGACUUUCGGAAAGGUUUUAAUUAUAGCAACUACAACGGAGCUUAGUAAUGUAGAUCCUAAUUUGCUGGUUGAGCAUCGUCUAAGACAUGUGUUUUGUACGAAGGAGUUCCAUCUAUGGAGAGACAGGGAUGUGCUACGACUGGUCCGCAGCUGCCUUCAGCGGUGUAACGUGCAUGUGGAUAGCUUCGUCCUCUCCGUGGAAUUUGAAAACUUUUUUAAAGAGUGCAUUUUGAGCCGCAAGGGGAGGCUCACUCCGCUGUGCAUCUCGAACUUGUGCAGAGACGCAGUGGCUCGGCACGUGCGGAGGGUGCUCGCCUGUGCAGGUUAG